AUGAAACUUAGAUAUGGUUUGGAAAGUCCUUGGUUUUUUACGGUUGUUUAUGGCUCCCCACAAAUUGGGUUGAGAACUAGUCUAUGGGAAGGUCUGAAAAGUAUUGCUGAUAAUUUGACUAGUGAGUGGUGUGUAGGAGGGGACUUUAAUUGUGUCUUAUCUGCUACCGAUACAGGGGGUAACUCUGGUCUCUCUAGAGACCAUGAUCGUUUUGCGGAUUGCCUGUUAGAGUGUGGGUUGCAGGACCUGGGCUUUAAAGGUCAGCCGUUUACCUGGCAAAAAGGAAUUAUUAGAAGACAGUUGGAUAGAUACGUAACUAAUGCAGCUUGGUCCCAACGCUUUAGUAGCGCCGUGGUAAAGCAUCUUCCCAAACUCAAAUCAAACCAUGUCCUAAUUUUUCUGGAGCUUUGGGUUGAUAGUACUGCUGCGUCCUCCUGUCGUCCCUUUCGAUUUUUGGCUUCAUGGUUGACUCAUGAGAACUUUAAUUCUAUGUUGAAGACAAACUCGAAGGAUGAAAUUUCUUUGGACCAAAAUGUGACUAAUUUUAUGGAAGCCGCAAAGGUUUGGAACAAGGAAGUUUUUGGUGAUAUUCAUCUGAAAAAGAAUAGAAUUUUGGCCAGAUUGAAUGGUAUCUCCUUGAAACUUGGUUUCGAAGUGAAUCCUUUUUUGGAGGAUCUCCAAACUGAGUUAUGGAAAGAACUGGAAGCAAUUUUUAUUCAAGAGGAGAUACUUUGGAAACAAUGUUCAAGAUGUAAGUGGAUAAAUUAUGGGGAUCGCAAUACCUCUUACUUCCACAAUUUGGCAACUGCUAGAAGACGGAGAAAUAGAGUGACAAUGCUUAAGAACCAACAUGGUGAGUGGAUAGAUGACACGUUUCAGCUUCAGCAAUUGGGCAUGAACCACUUUCUUUCACUUUAUGCUGAUGAUCAGCCAUAUGAGAAGUUAGUAGCUUCCGAUCUGUUCCCUACUUUGACGUCCGAAGAGGUUGGGCGCCUGGAUCGUAUGGUUGCAGUGGAAGAAAUCUCUGUGGCUAUCUUUUCUAUGGGAGCUUGGAAAGCCCCGGGACCAGACGGUCUUCCCCCUAUGUUUUACCAGAGCAACUGA